AUGGCGAGCAACAACAACAACAACAGCAAUACCCUGGCGCCGCCAUCUCUUUCGGUGAACACACAUGUUCGCCAGGACUCUGCUGGUGCCAGUUCAGAAGACCCCUUCCUCACCCCAAACAACAGAAGCCGGUCCACCAGCGUCACCACUCAUGUCGUCGACAGGGAGGAGGCCCUGCGGCCGGAUCCCGGCACCGAGGGCGACUUCAAGGUCGACGACAACCCCUUCGCCUUCAGCCCGGGCCAGCUCAACAAGCUGCUCAACCCAAAGUCCCUCGCCGCCUACAGGGCGCUCGGCGGGCUCAAGGGCAUCGCCAGGGGCCUCCAGACGGACCUCGACGCGGGCCUGAGCAUUGACGAGACCAGUGUGCGGAGGAGUGUCGCGUUCCAGGAGGCGGUUGACGGAACCGAGGCCAAGGCAGAGUCAUCUUCAAGACCCGGCGGAGAGGCAUUCACCGACCGGACCAGGGUAUACGGCCGCAACGUCCUCCCGCCCAAGAAGGCCACGCCGCUGUGGAGGCUCAUGUGGAACGCCUACAACGACAAGGUCCUCAUCCUGCUGACUGUCGCCGCCGUCAUCUCCCUCGCCCUGGGCCUGUACGAGACCCUGGGCGUGGACCACCCGGAAGGAGCCCCGCCGGCCGUGGACUGGAUCGAGGGUGUCGCCAUCUGUGUUGCCAUUAUCAUCGUCGUCGGUGUCGGCUCGGUCAACGACUGGCAGAAGGAGAAGGCCUUCGUGCGGCUCAACGAGAAGAAGGAGGACCGGGAGAUCAAGGUCAUCCGCAGCGGCAAGGCCGUCAUCAUCAACGUGCACGACCUCCUGGUCGGGGACGUCGUCAACCUCGAGCCCGGCGACCUCAUCCCCGUGGACGGCAUCUUCAUCAGCGGCCACGACCUCAAGUGCGACGAGUCCUCGGCCACGGGAGAGUCGGACGCCCUCAAGAAGACGGCCGGCGAGCAGGUCUUCCGGAUGCUCGAGAGCGGCGAGAAGGCAAAGUCGGGCGACCUGGACCCCUUCAUCAUCUCGGGCGCAAAGGUCCUCGAGGGCAUGGGCACGUUCGUCUGCACCUCGGUCGGCCCCUACUCCAGCUUCGGCAAGAUCAUGAUGUCCGUCCGGACCGAGGUCGAGGCCACGCCCCUCCAGAAGAAGCUCGAGGGCCUGGCUGGCGCCAUCGCCAAGCUCGGUGGAAGCGCCGCCCUGCUUCUGUUCUUCGUUCUUCUCUUCCGCUUCCUGGCCAACCUGCCCAACGACAACCGCGACGGUCCCACGAAGGCAUCAACCUUCAUGGAUAUCCUGAUUGUCGCCAUCACCAUCAUCGUCGUUGCUGUUCCAGAGGGUCUCCCACUGGCCGUGACACUCGCCCUGGCUUUCGCAACCACCCGCAUGCUCAAGGAGAACAACCUCGUGCGAGUCCUCCGCGCCUGUGAGACGAUGGGCAACGCCACAACCGUAUGCUCCGACAAGACCGGCACCCUCACCACCAACAAGAUGACGGUCGUCGCCGGCACAUUCGGAUCCACCAGCUUCGCCAAGUCCGAGGGCGACAAGUCCGCCGUGACGGUCACCCAGUGGGCGUCCAGCCUGUCCCCCACGGCCAAGGAGGCCAUCGUCCAGUCCGUGGCCGUCAACUCCACCGCCUUCGAGGGCGAGGACCAGGGCCAGUUCGCCUUCAUCGGCUCCAAGACCGAGACGGCCCUGCUGCAGCUGGCCAAGGACCACCUCGGCAUGCAGUCGCUGCCCGAGACGCGCGCCAACGAGCAGGUCGUGCAGAUGUUCCCCUUCGACUCGGGCAAGAAGUGCAUGGGAGCCGUCAUCAAGCUGCGCAACGGCGGGUUCCGGCUCCUGGUCAAGGGCGCCUCCGAGAUCCUCCUGGGCUACUGCUCCUCCAAGGCCGACAUCACCGACCUCUCCGUCUCCGGCAUGGGCCAGUCCGACAAGGACCAGCUCCUCGAGACCAUCGACGGCUACGCGCGCCAGUCGCUCCGCACCAUCGGCAUCGUCUACUGCGACUACCAGCAGUGGCCGCCGCUCGGCGCAAACGUCGAGGACGGCUCCGUCGAGUUCGCGUCCGUCCUGAAGGACCUCGUCUUCCUCGGCGUCGUGGGCAUCCAGGACCCCGUCCGCCCGGGCGUGCCCGAGUCGGUCAAGAAGGCCCAGCACGCCGGCGUGGUCAUCCGCAUGGUCACCGGCGACAACGCGGUGACGGCGCGGGCCAUCGCCAUCGAGUGCGGCAUCCUCACCGAGGGCGGCGUCGUCAUGGAGGGCCCCGCCUUCAGGACCCUCAGCGACGCCGACAUGGACGCCACCUUACCCAAGCUGCAGGUCCUCGCCCGGUCCUCGCCCGAGGACAAGAGGAUCCUGGUCACGCGGCUCAAGCGCCUCGGCGAGACCGUGGCGGUUACCGGGGACGGCACCAACGACGCCCCUGCGCUCAAGGCCGCUGAUGUUGGCUUCUCGAUGGGUAUCUCUGGGACUGAGGUCGCCAAGGAGGCGUCUGCCAUCGUGCUGAUGGACGACAACUUCUCGUCCAUCAUCAUGGCUCUCAAGUGGGGCCGCGCCGUCAACGACGCGGUCCAGAAGUUCCUUCAGUUCCAAAUCACCGUCAACAUCACAGCCGUCCUCCUCGCCUUCGUCUCCGCCGUCUCCGACCCGGAGAUGCGCUCCGUCCUGACGGCGGUGCAGCUCCUCUGGGUGAACCUGAUCAUGGACACCUUCGCGGCCCUGGCGCUGGCCACGGACCCGCCGACGGAGAAGAUCCUCAACCGGCCCCCGCAGGGCAAGAAGGCGCCCCUGAUCACGACCAACAUGUGGAAGAUGAUCAUCGGGCAGGCCAUCUUCCAGCUGGCCGUGACCUUCACGCUCUACUUCGCCGGCUCGCGCAUCUUCCCCUCGUACACCGACAGCGAGCUGCGCACCGUCGUCUUCAACACCUUCGUCUGGAUGCAGAUCUUCAACGAGUUCAACAACCGCCGCCUCGACAACCGCUUCAACAUCUUCGAGGGCCUGCACCGCAACCAGUUCUUCAUCGCCAUCAACAUCCUCAUGGUGGGGCUGCAGGUCGCCAUCAUCUUCGUCGGCGGCCGCGUCUUCUCCGUCGCCGAGGGCGGGCUCGACGGGCCCCAGUGGGCCGUCUCCAUCGUCCUCGCCCUGCUGUGCAUGCCCUGGGCCGUCGCCGUCCGCCUGUUCCCCGACGCGUGGUUCGCGCGCGUCGCGCACGUCGUCGGGGGCCCCGUGGCGGUCGCCUAUCGCGCCCUCGGCCGCUUCUUCAGCAGGAUCGGAAGGCUGUUCAGGAAGGGCAACAAGGCCGCCGACGAGGAGGCGACCGGUGGCGAGGACGGCGAGGCGCAGAUGCGCCAGAGGACUGACUCUGACCCGGCCGAGUCGCCCGUCGUCGUCGUCUCGGAUACUGGUGGGUUCAGCAACAACGAUAACAUCACCACCGCUCCGGAGAUCAUGGUUGAGGAUCCCGAGGGUAGGAAGGGCCACUAG